CAGGAUUCACCUUGAGUUUUCUAUUUGGGGGGAACACGCCAAAGAUAAAGCGAGAGGAAAGCAAAUAGUGUGAAGCGAAACAGCCACUCUCCAUCACUUCAGCCUCUGCUUUUUCAGGAAAAGAGAAGUAAUGCAGGGAUGUCACUUGUGAUUUGGCUCUAAUAAGAAGGACCUCUGGAUGUCACUACUGUGCUUGGUGAAGCUACUUAAACCCUGUUGAGUUCAGUGGAAUAGGCAGCCCAAGCCUCUACACAUUUGCUCAGAAGUUGUCAAAAGGACCAGGAACCAUGAAGAUCGGAUGCCUUGCCCUGCUCUGCACUCUGCUUGUGUUCUCUCAGAUACUCCACACUGACUGUGAAAGACAGAACGAGAAAAAUAAAGCGCGGACACACGCAGGUAAAGGUGGAAGGCAAAAGUCCAAUCCCCAGACUGGAAAGGGUCAGAAAGGUCGAGGACAGAAAGGCGCCCAUAAAGGCAAGUUUAUCAGCAAGGAGAAGUCUCCGUGCACCUGGACACUGAGUGAAAGCGAGACUGCUGCCUUAAAAAUAGAUUGCAAGAAAGAGGACCGCAACGUCUCCUGUGUGUUUUCAGGCAACCCUUCCGCCUGCCCGCAGUAUUCAGAAAACAGGAACAUCUUCUGGAAGCAAAUUACCAGGUCUCUCAAGAAGAAGAAGAACAUCUGUGAGGACCCAAAAGAUAUUCUGAAAUCUUCAGUCUGUAGGAUGGGACCCGCAAGCGCUCACCUUCGACUGGAAAGCCCACAAGAUUCCAAACAAAAGGAUCCAGUUCCCCAUGGGAGGGAGGCCUCCUCGGCAACAGCAUCUCCUAACGCUCCCGGAAAUCCACCAGAACGAGGCUCCAGAGAUUGUGUCGAAGAUGUAGACUACAUUGAUCAGAAAAAGGUGGCUGAAGAAUACUGCUCAGAGUUAUGGCUCUCUCUCUGUCACUUUUUCGUUACGUUAGUACAAGAUAAAAAGUGUAAGUAAAACACAAGGAAUCUUGGUAGCUAAAUUAUGCUGCCUGAGAUACUUAGCUCAGACAACGCAAGGUUCAAGGUCGAAACCAUUGUAAAUAGUCCUUCAUUUUAUUAUAGCUCUGGUCAGCAUACAGGUCUGCUUUGAGGAGUGGAAGGAUCCCUCACCCCACUUCAAGCUGAAUUGCGGACAAAUCCCAUGAUAAUAACUACUGCCCCCAGGGGCGGAUGAAGGCACACUGGUGCCCUCAGCACUGACCCAUCUUGGUGCCCCCCCUCCUUUC